AUGGGCACGGUGCUGUCUCUUUCCCCAGCCUCCUCGGCCAAGGGCCGGAGGCCCGGCGGGCUGCCCGAGGAGAAGAAGAAGGCACCGCCCGCGGGGGACGAGGCGCUGGGGGGCUACGGAGCGCCGCCAGCAGGCAAAGGCGGCAAAGGCGAGAGCCGGCUCAAACGGCCAUCCGUGCUCAUUUCGGCGCUCACCUGGAAGCGCCUGGUGGCCGCAUCUGCCAAGAAGAAGAAAGGCAGCAAGAAGGUGACGCCCAAGCCAGCGUCCACUGGCGCGGACCCUUUGGUCCAGCAACGCAACCGCGAGAACCUACUCCGCAAGGGCCGGGAUCCCCCAGACGGCGGCGGCGCCACCAAGCCCCUGGCCGUGCCUGUGCCCACAGUGCCCGCGGCCGCCGCCACCUGCGAGCCGCCGUCGGGGGGCAGUGGGGCCGCACCGCCGCCAGGCUCGGGCGGGGGAAAGCCGCCGCCGCCACCCCCAGCCCCUCAGGCGGCGCCACCGGUGCCUGGCGGCUCGCCACGGCGGGUCAUCGUGCAGGCGUCAACGGGCGAGCUGCUGCGCUGCCUGGGCGACUUCGUGUGCCGACGCUGCUACCGCCUCAAGGAGCUGAGCCCCGGCGAGCUGGUGGGCUGGUUCCGCGGAGUGGACCGCUCGCUGUUGCUGCAGGGCUGGCAAGACCAGGCCUUCAUUACGCCUGCCAACCUGGUGUUCGUGUACCUGCUGUGCCGCGAGUCGCUGCGCGGGGAUGAGUUGGCGUCCGCCGCCGAGCUGCAGGCCGCCUUCCUCACUUGCCUCUACCUCGCCUACUCCUACAUGGGCAACGAGAUCUCCUAUCCGCUCAAGCCCUUUCUCGUGGAGCCCGACAAGGAGCGCUUCUGGCAACGCUGCCUGCGCCUCAUCCAGCGGCUCAGCCCGCAGAUGCUGCGGCUCAACGCCGACCCCCACUUCUUCACGCAAGUCUUUCAAGACCUCAAGAACGAGGGCGAGGCCGCCGCCGGCGCCGGGGGUCCACCCGGUGGGGGAGCGCCCGCGACCCCCGUCUCCUCGGCCGCCAGGGACAGCUGCGCGACCGGAGCCAAGCACUGGACUAUGAACCUGGACCGCUAG